UCGUCGUGGAUGCUGCGACGGCCGCACCUGUCGCGCGACCCUACGCAAGACGCGACUCCACGCGCGAUGUUCGCGAUCGCAAUAUUGUGAAUCGUAUUGUUGUGUGUGUUGUGACAGUGACCGCAUAGUAGCCCCGGGGACACUCCGUGUACGCAGCCCGCUAACGAACCCUAGACGGGGCGAUGUUAAGUGCGGCCGUCACGGCGCUCGCGUGCCUCUGCCUGGCGCGCUCCUCGCCGGCCGAGCCGCACUCGUUGCGUGCGUACGCGCUCGCUGCUUACACUCCUAAGGAACUUACUAGUAUAUUAGCAAACAUCGACGAACGGUUACGUAUGUUGGACACCAUAAGCGCAGUGCAAGUAAAACAAGCGAGGCGACUCGACGUAAUACAAGAUAAACUGGAUCGCAUGGAAACCACGCUAUCGUUAAGGCUAGAAAGAGCACAAUUAGCGGCAGAACGGUUAGAACACAGACUCCACAUGUUACAAACAAGUGUGCAGGCCUCAAUAAAGGAAAGCAGCGAAAAAAUAGAGCGCAGUCAGAUAAAAAUUGCUGAAAUUGCACAAAAUAUUACCAACCAGAUCAGCUCGCAUACACACUAUUUAGAAAAGGUAAGCGGUGCAUACGCUGACACGUGGCGUCGAAGCCUCCUGUUAGAAUCCCUAAUGCGAGAUGGCAUGGCCCUUGUGAACGUGACCAGGCGGGAGUUAGCUGAUGGUCUACGAGCCCUCGCGCGGCGACAAAGAGACGCGCGACUAAACUCCGCAGAUUUAGAAGCAGCAUUCACAAGGAGACUUAAUGAUAAUACAUUUAAAAUCGACUUGAAGAUGCAAGAAGUACUUAACGCACAAAAGAGAUUUGUUGACUCCUGCCAGCGGGUUCAACUAGACGAUCCCACCCACGUCGCCGACGUUUUAGAUAAACUUAUUGAUUCCUUAAUAAAUAAGACUGCUUCAACAUUUCACGAGUUACAAAAUAUACAAACCACGAUGCGUAAUCACGACAACAAAGUUAUGAAAUUACUCAACAAUCGUCCUGUACAGACGGACGCAACAUGUAAGCGAUUGGAGAGCGUAUUUCGAAACGCAUCGCAAACAACCUUCAACGAAAAAGAGCUGCAGCAGCUUACAGAAAAGUUCAUAGGUCUAACCAAUCGUGCUGAUGCAGCGCUGCAGCGGUUGGAGGCGCGAAUGACAGACAACACGGAGGAGCAGGCUCCAGCGUCGGACGUCACCGCCGCGGCAGACAGAUUGUUUCAAAAGCUUCAAGGAAUAAAAAGUGAAAAGGAUUCCGAAGAAAACGACGACUGGGGCGACGAUGAGCAGGACGCGAGUUACUUCGACGAGAACAUGGACAACUUUAUGGACGAGGACCAGGAGAUACUCAACAGUUCCGCGGAAAAAUCCAAACCAAAGACUACGACAGAGAGCGCAGCCACUCGGCCGCCGCAUCGGAGACAUCUACACAAACAUCCAUAUGACCGCGGCCCUACUUGGAACAGUCCAGAACCAUAAUUAUAAGUUUGUGAUAUAAAAUCUUUAUGCCAUA